AUGCUAAUUUCUCAUGAUGGAUAUCAAAAAUUAGCAGCUGUAGAUACAAAUAUGGUUCGAGAAUAUUUAAUUGAGCAGCAAUGUAUAGAUAUUAAUAAUCAAAUGAAGCAACACUUACUAUUAGUUUUGUUUAAUAUUAAUGAGUAUGCAAACAAUAUUAUAGAAAAUAUAGAUUUAAACAAUACUAAAGAUAGAAAUGCUAUAUAUAGAUCGAUUAGAUCUUUAUUAAUGGUUUUAGUACCAGUUUUAACUACAUCUAAUCCGGUUGUUCUUCGUACUGGUGACAAAAUUAAUAUUAAAGUUGGUGGAGAUGGCCGAAAUAUUAGUAAAAAGCAAAGUCAUAUAAUACUAGCAAUUAGUAUUUUAAAUGAAGAAAAUUACAAUUCAUUAAACUGUGUUUAUCAAAAAUUUACUCAAGAACUUGAAGAAUUAAAAAGCAUUGGAUUUGUCGAUAAUUUAGGAACUGUAUGGCUUAUAGAAUUUUUUUUUUCAGGAGAUUGGAAGUUUUUAGCACUUGUAUUAGAACUUAAUGCAGCCAAUUCAAAUUAUUUUUGUUUGUUUUGCAAUUGCCAUGAAAAUGAAUGUACUAAUAUGGAAUUAAAUUGGAAUAAUGGUUCAAAUACACAGGGACGCAAGCAUUUAAUGCUUUUUGAGAUCAUUGAUCAAAGCAAUUAG